AUGGCUGCAAACGAUCCCGAGUGGCAGGACGACACUGCCUAUGGCGAAUUGAAGCUCUCGGCAGAAUUUUGGAGACCCCGCUUCCAGAGCAUACAAGAUGUGGGCGAGUCGACGAGCGCAUCCCUCGACAUCCAGGCGGCAGCUGUAAACUCGCUCAGAACAGUCAUGGCCGACACCACUUCCGCACUGUUUUUCAUAAGGCCUCAACAAGAACAGGAGCGGGUGGUGAUUGCCUGGGUUGACGCCGAGAUUCUGGAGAUGUUGGAGGCGCAUGAGAGCAUGUUGUGGCGCGUAGGCAACAAGUGGGCAAAGCCUAUCGAUACUUUAAGCAAGUGA